AUGGAAUUUCUGAAUGUGGCAGGAAACAAGAUCAAGGACACGUUUCCGUUUUGGUUACGCUCUCUGCAAACCUUACAAGUAAUUGGGCUCCGAUCAAAUGCAUUCUAUGGUCCAAUCUACAACCCCUCUACCUAUUUAGGGUUUCCAAGCUUGAGGAUCAUAGACAUAUCCAACAACAACUUCGAUGGAUCAUUACCACAAGACUAUUUUGCCAAUUGGACUGCAACGUCAACGGUGUUUCAGAAUAGUUUUGACAUGAACUAUAUGAAAUCUGAUUUCUCUGCGUACCGUUCGAUGGAUUUGGCGUACAAAGGAGUAGAAACAGAUUUUGUUAGGAUCUUUCGAGGCUUCAAAGCCAUUGAUUUUUCUGGAAACCGAUUCUCAGGGAAUAUUCCUGGAUCCAUUGGUCUAUUGAGUGAAUUACGUCUUCUCAACUUGUCAGACAACGCAUUCACAGGCACCAUUCCACCAUCCUUGGCAAAAUAUCACAAACCUUGA